UAUUUUUAUAUAUAAUUUUUAAUCUCUCUCUACCAUUGUUUGUCAUAUAUGGCCUUUAUUUCAGUCUAUAAAUGACGCACAAUUCACUUCAUUUGAACUCCCUCAGCUCCAAUUCUUUUUUCCUUUUCUGCAACAUUCUCUUUUCCUGUGAAGAAAGGUAACCAACCAAGAAACCAUGACUAUGGAGGAGUUGGGUUUGGGUUGGUCUUUAUAUCAAGAGGCUUCUCAGCAAAACAUAAGCGCGUUAAAUUAUAAGCUGCAGCGCACCAAAGUUGAGCUGGAAUCAGUGAAAAUGGAGGCAAAGGCACAAAUGGAAAAGAAUGAGGAGUACCUGAGAAGUUUACUUGAUUUCUUAAAAACUGCAUUGAAAGAAAGAGAUGAAGCAAGAAAUCAGCUGCAGAAAGUUCAGUUUAUGUUUAGUCUACCUCAAACUGAAAGUCCUAUCUUAAUGCCUUCUGCCAAAGCAAACUCAAGCAUAACAGAAUCUAAUAGUCUUUCUGAGACUUACAAUCACCAUUCUCAUGGCUCUUCUCCUGUUGAAUCGUUUUUUGAUGCUGCUGCUGUUUCUUCACCAGAAUUUUCCAACAUUAAUAUGGAUGACUCAAGCCAAAUGGGGUUCUCCAUGUCCUCUGUUCCUGCCCCACUUAACAUUGAUCCGGCUUCUGUUGUGAUUGAGAAUCUUUCCAAAGGAAAACCUCUGCCUGAGAAAGGAAAACUGUUGCAGGCUGUUUUGGGUGCUGGUACACUCCUUCAUAAUCUUCUCUUGGCUGGGCCUCUUCCGAGUUGGCGCAACCCGCCUCCCUUGCAACCCUUCAAGAUUCCUCCAGUUUCCAUUAAAGGUACCGGUGAAGGUUCUUCAGGGUAUAAUCAGAAACCAGUUGACAACUCCUAUGUGCCUCAAAAGGCUGUUCAAUAUUCACAGUCAUGCUCAGCCUCCAUGUUGAAUUUCUCUGGUGGCACUUCUAGUUCUAGCCUUAAUAAUUCUACUGUGUUGUCUAUGAGUUCCAGUUAUAAUGACCAGAUACCUAUUGUGAAACGGCAAAGACUCCAUUGAAAUCAUUUUAGUCUUGGUUCUUCUUGUAAAAAUGGAAAAAGAAAACCAGAUCUCUCAGGUUGAUGUUGAUGUAAAUGGGAUACUUUUAUUCUUAUGGUUUUGAUCUUUAAAUGGCGUAGCAUUAAGUCUUUAGUAGUUUAUAUGUCGUUUGAGUCAUUUGUAAAUCAUAUUGUUUGUCAAAUUUGUUAAGCCCUUUUCGGCUAAAGGUUCAAUUUUAUUUUCGACACUACCUCGUUUUUAGAUUUAUUCUAUAAUUUAAUU